UACUAUAUCUGCAAAUCAAGAAAUUAAAGAUGGUGAAGCCACCCUUGUUUCUGAAGGGGAAAUGUUCGAAUUGGGCUUUUUUAGUCCUGGAAAAUCGAAGAACCGAUACUUGGGGAUAUGGUACAAGAAGAUAUCAUAUGGUACUGUUGUAUGGGUAGCUAACAGGGAGACGCCAAUCGCAGAUAGAUCAGGCAUGCUCAAACUUACCAGACAGGGAAACCUGGUAAUUCUCAGUGGUGGUAACACCAAGGUCUGGUCAUCCGAUUCAACGCUAUCUGUGCGGAGUAACAUACCGUUGGUGGCCAUGGCAGUGCAGCUUCUAGAUACUGGAAAUCUUGUUGUGUGGAAUAAUAAUAAAAUGAUUUGGCAAAGUUUUGAUUAUCCUGGUGACACAUUUCUACCAGGAAUAAAACUCGGGAAGGACUUGGUAACAGGGUUGGAGAGAUCCAUGACAUCUUGGAAGAGUCCUGAUGAUCCUUCUAUUGGUGAGUAUAGGAAUAUACUCAACACGAAUGGAUAUCCACAAGCUUUAAGGUUUCGGGGUGAAGUUUUACAAGGACGACUUGGACCAUGGAACGGUCUAGGCUUUAGCGGUUAUCCUAUUGAAAAAGAAAAUCAGAUUUACUUCAGUGAGUUUGUGAUGAAUGAGAAGGAAAUCUACCAUACAUAUGCACUUAAAGGUUCAGUUGUUCAACGGGUGGUUUUGACUUGGGAUGGCAAGACACUGCUUUUGCAAUGGAUUGAGCGAAUAAAAGACUGGAUUGUGUAUGCAAACGCUUUAAUAGAUACUUGUGAUCGGUUUUCACUCUGUGGUCCUUAUGCAAUCUGUAGCAUUAACAAGUAUCCACCCUGUACUUGUAUGCUUGGUUUCGAACCAAGAAAUCCAGAAGCAUGGGAGGCUUCUGAUUGGGUAAGUGGGUGUAAACGCACAAAGCCUCUGCAUUGUGGGAAUGGUGAUGGGGAUGGUUUUUUGAAAAUUGCAGGAGUAAAGGUACCAGACACACGACGAUCAUGGUAUAAUGUAAGCAUGACCCUCAGAGAUUGUGAGAUGGCCUGCAAAAGGAACUGCUCUUGUACCGCUUAUACAAGUUUAGAUAUAAGAAAUGGAGGAAGUGGAUGUUUGCUAUGGCUUGAUGAACUUUUGGAUACUAGACAUUAUGAUGCAGAUCAAGAUAUUUACAUAAGAAUGGUUGCCUCUGAGUUAGAAGGGAAGUGGAAUGUGCAUGAUGAAAAGAAUACAAGUCUGCAGAUGGAACAGCUUGAUGACAUACAAUGUUUUAGCCUAUAUGAAGUAGCCAGGGCCACAAGUAACUUCAGUGUCUCCAAUAUGAUUGGGGAAGGCGGCUUUGGUCCCGUUUACAAGGGUGUGUUGGAAGAUGGAAGAGAAAUAGCCGUGAAGCGACUUUCAGAAACAUCCCAACAAGGGCUUGAUGAGUUCAAGAAUGAAGUAAUUUGUAUUGCAAAACUUCAGCAUCGGAAUCUUGUGAAGCUUCUUGGAUAUUGCGUUCAUCAAAAUGAACUGAUUUUGAUUUAUGAAUACAUGACUAACAAAAGCUUGGACUGGUUUCUCUUCGAUGAAACAAGAAGUUCGGUUCUUAACUGGCCUCAGAGAUUUAAUAUAAUACAUGGGAUAGCUCGAGGUAUUCUAUAUCUACAUCAAGAUUCCCGCCUUCAAAUUAUCCACAGAGAUCUCAAGGCAGGUAAUAUUUUGCUGGACGGGGACAUGAAUCCAAAAAUAUCCGACUUCGGCCUUGCUAGAAAAUUUGUAGGACAUGAUACAAGUGCUAAGACAAAGAAAGUAGUUGGCACAUAUGGUUACAUUUCUCCAGAGUACGCCGUACACGGGCGUUUCUCUAUAAAAUCUGAUGUGUUUAGUUUUGGUGUUCUCGUUUUGGAGAUAAUUAGUGGAAAGAAGAACAAAGAAUUCUCUCAUGGAGGCCAUAGUGAUAACCUUCUUGGACAUGCAUGGAGACUCUAUAAAGAAGGCAGGUCCAUUGAAUUAACAAGUGGAUCUUUACAGGCCUCGCGUGUGGCCUCUGAAGUACUAAGAUCUAUACAUGUUGCACUAUUAUGUGUGCAGCAUCAUGCAGAAGAUAGACCAACGAUGUUGUCAGUGGUUCUGAUGCUGGUUAGUGAGGGACCAUUGCCUGAACCUAAAACUCCUGCAUUUUUCAGUGAGGAGAGCAACCGUGAACUCAAAUCACUUCCAUCUAUUGAUGCACGCACGAUAACACUAAUGUAUGGUCGAUAGCAUGUUCAUACCUGUAGUUCCUUCCUCAUUUUCUAUUUUAAUCACCCCUUCGUAAAUAUCUGAUAAUUUUACAAGUUGAGAAACUACCCUU